AUGUCAUUCAAAUUCCCCAGCUUCAACCUUCAGUCGAUCCAGGAGUCUAUCGGUAAGGUCGACUUGGAGUCCAUUUCCAAGCUGAUCCAAAACGCCAACCCAGGGAAAGCCGUGUCUGAGUACUCGGAACACCUUAAGGAAUCGAUCCAACCAUUCACGGCCAAAACACAGCAAUUGAUCUCGUCCCAAUUGCAACAGGUGCAGCAGUUAGCAGCAAGCAACUUGGAUGCCAAUAUCGAAGUCAGUGAAUUGCCUGAGGACUACUUGAACUUGGAAGCCAACUGUGAUAUUUUGUUGAAGUUGUACACGGACUUAAUCCACUACACAAACGACACGUACGGCACUCUCAGCUACGAUUAUCCACCAGGAAACUCGGCGCUCAACAAGAUCAAAGAUGCGCACGUGGGCCUGAUGCUUUCCAGCAAGUUUUCUCAGUUGAAGAACGUGUCGACGCCGCAGGAAAUGGAGAACAUUCUUUUGGGCCACUCAGCCGCCGCCGAAGCCAAGCCCACUGCCGAUGAGGACACUGCCGAAAUCCAGGUGACAUCAGCCCAGCUCCCCAAAACUUUGUAUGGUCAGCUCGCGCAGAUUGCCACGAGAAACGGCAACCAGUUUGCUGGCCUGAGCGACUCCUUGUCCUUCGCCUUGUUGCAGAUUUCGUCUGCAUACAUCGAAAUUGGUAGCGCCAGAUUGGACCAAGACAAGAAGGUCAUGCACGAGUUGAACCAAAAGUUGGUUGAAGUGUUGAACGAGAAGUUCAUCAAGGUGAACGAAUUGCGCAAAAACAUGUACGCCGCACGCCUGAAAUUCGACUUGGUGAGAUCCCAGGUCGGCAGUGAAGAUGAAGAAAAUGAGGAUUUGAUCGCCAAGGAGGACGAUUUGGUGAGCGCCACAGAACUCGCCGUUUUGGAAAUGAGAAAGCUCAUAAACCCGCUGGAAAAUGUGAAUUUGUUGAAGGUAUUCAUCUCCGCACAAAAAGAGUUCUUUGACAUGGCAUCCAAGCGAUUGGGCAGCUUGGCCACGGAGUUGGACAAGAUUGAUUUCCAAGAGGAUGAGGAAUGA